GCUCUUACACAACUGUGCCUUUCUUCAUUCUGCCUGCUUCUCCUCGCCAGUGUGUGGAAACCACUACACGUUUACUCAUUUUAGAUUUUUAACCAAACCACGUCAAGGAAAUGAGUGGGGACCAUUCCCACAAUGAGGACCAGAUUGACGGUGGCUCUCGUUUCAAUGACUCGCACAAGCAUAAAGACAAGCAUAAAGAUAAGGACCACAAACAUAAGGACCACAAGAAGGACAGGGAACGAGAGAAAUCGAAGCAUGCCAACAGCGAUCACAAGGACUCCUCUGACAAAAAGCACAGAGACAAGGAGAAGGAAAAGAUGAAGCACAAAGAUGGCAGCGCAGACAAACACAAGGACAAGCACAAGGAGAAGAUGAAGUCGCUUGACGGUAAAGUGAAAAAGGAAAAGGAGAACGGCUUUGCCAGCCCUCAAGUAAAGCCUGAGCCCGAGGAAGAUUUUUACCACUCGCCUAAAAUUGAGAAGACUCUAAAAAGAGAACGUGAUGUUGAUAUUGACUCUGAAUUCAAGCCCAAAAAGCCUAAGAUUGAAAAUGACAAGAAGGUAAAGAAGCGGAAACAGGAGGACGAGGACAUCAAGCCCAAAAAAACAAGAAACAAGCCAGGAGUUGCUGAUGGUAAAAAGAAAGCAAAGAACGAGCCAGAGGAGAAGUGGAAGUGGUGGGAAGAGGAGAGACCCACAGACGGCAGCAAAUGGAAGUUUCUUGAACACAAAGGGCCCGUGUUCGCUCUGCCUUACGACCCGCUUCCUAAUAAUGUCAAAUUUUACUAUGAUGGUAAGCACCUGAAGCUGAGCCCAGAGUCGGAAGAGGUGGCCACGUUCUUCGGCAAAAUGCUCGACCACGAUUACACCACAAAGGAUAUCUUUCGUAAAAACUUCUUUAAAGAUUGGAAGAAGGAAAUGAAUGCAGAGGAAAAGGGAAAGAUAACAGAUUUGAAGAAGUGCAACUUCUCCGAGAUAAACGACUACUUCAAGGCUCAGUCUGAAGCCAGGAAGUCCAAGACAAAGGACCAGAAACUGAAAUUAAAGGAGGAGAACGAGCGCCUCCUGCAGGAGUACGGAUUCUGCAUCAUGGACAACCACAGGGAGCGCAUUGCUAACUUCCGCAUCGAGCCCCCGGGUCUGUUCCGAGGCCGUGGAGACCACCCGAAGAUGGGCAUGCUCAAACGCCGCACCCGGCCCAAAGACAUCAUCAUCAACUGCAGCAAGGACUCAAAGCACCCCGAUCCCCCUCCAGGCACCAAGUGGAAAGAGGUUCGCCAUGACAACAAGGUGACCUGGCUGGUGUCGUGGACGGAGAACAUCCAGGGCUCCAUCAAAUACAUCAUGCUGAACCCGAGCUCCAGGAUCAAGGGCGAGAAAGACUGGCAGAAGUAUGAGACGGCUCGCAGGCUGAAAAAAUGUGUGGAACGCCUCCGAACCCAGUACCGCGAGGACUGGAAGUCUAAGGAGAUGAGGAUCAGACAGAGAGCCGUGGCACUCUACUUCAUCGACAAGCUGGCGCUGAGAGCGGGUAACGAGAAGGAGGAAGGAGAGACGGCCGACACCGUGGGCUGCUGCUCUCUGAGAGUCGAGCACAUCAAACUUUACCCAGAGAACGACGGACAGGAGUUCGUGGUGGAGUUUGACUUCCUGGGUAAAGACUCCAUCCGCUACUACAACAAAGUCCCUGUCGAGAAGAGGGUGUUCAAGAAUCUCCAGCUGUUCAUGGAGAACAAGGAGAAGGAUGAUGACUUGUUUGAUCGCCUGAAUACUUCUGUUUUGAACAAGCACCUUCAGGAGUUGAUGGACGGACUGACCGCCAAGGUCUUCCGUACCUUCAACGCCUCCAUCACCCUGCAGCAGCAGCUCGUGCAGCUCACCAGCGCUGAUGAGAACCCCACGGCCAAGAUCCUGUCCUACAACAGGGCCAACAGGGCCGUGGCCAUCCUGUGUAACCAUCAGAGGGCUCCACCAAAGACCUUCGAGAAGUCCAUGCAGAACCUGCAGGCUAAGGUUAAUAUGAGUUAUCUUUUUAAUACUCUGAAAGACUAAUCCUGAGAUGGAGCU